AUGACCUACCGUGUGGUGCUGGGCAAGCAGGACCUGUCAGAGGAUGAUGAGCCCAGUUCUGUGGCCGUGGCUGUGGAGAAGACGAUUGUGCACGAGAAAUGGAACUCUAUUCUUGUCAUCAAUGACAUUGCCCUGGUCAAGCUGGCAGAGGAGGUGCAGGAGACUGACAACAUCCGUGCCGCCUGCCUGCCAGCUGCUGACAAGGUCCUGCCCAACGACUACCCCUGCUAUGUCACCGGCUGGGGACGUGUCAGGACCAACGGGCCCCUGGCCGAUGCCCUGCAGCAGGCUCUGCUGCCCGUGGUGGAUUAUGAGACCUGCUCCAAGUGGGACUGGUGGGGCGACCUUGUGCUUGAGACCAUGGUGUGUGCCGGCGGUGACGGCGUCGUCUCUGGAUGCAACGGCGAUUCUGGAGGCCCCCUGAACUGCCAGCGCGAUGACGGGGUCUGGGAGGUCGAGGGCAUCGUCAGCUUCGGCUCCGGCCUGAAAUGCAACAUGAAAAAGAAGCCAACAGUCUUCACCCGGGUGUCUGCCUACAUCGACUGGAUCAACGAGAAAAUGAGCGAGAACUGAGGACACAGCAUGGAGCACAAGUACCGAGUGUGAUAAAGGCAAUAGUGCUAAGCUGGUCUCGUGUGGUUCUUUCGAGGGGACGCGGUGGAGCAGAGCCAGGGGAUGUACCUUGUGGUGCUGGGCUUCUGCCUGUGUGCUGGGGAGAGCCCCCACAUUGUGCAGUGAGGCUGGGCAGGCUCCUGGGGAGCCUAAGGUGGGCAGAGAUCCCACAAGGUACUCCCAGCUAGGAGUAGAGCCAUGGCCAUAGACAAACCAAAGGGUUCAAGGCUUGGCUGAUGGUUUGAUGGGAGAGUGGCUGGAAUCAAGCCUGGUGGUCCUGGGGGGCUCUAGGGAACUUGGGGAGGGGCUAUAGGGCCCCUAGUUGGCCCAAGGAGGUUUUAGGUCUCUUGGCUGGUGCUGGGAUGUUUCAGGGGGUCUUGCUGGUAACUGGGCUACUUGAUGGCAAUGAUUUAUAAUGGGGUGUUGAGGUAACUGGGUUGGUCCUGGGGGUCAUUCUGCAGCCCCACUACAUUCCUCCACCACCUGUGCUGCUGGAGUGCUCCCACUCUGUUCUCACCUCUGCCAGGGAUGUCCUGGGGAAGGAGCAGCCACUGCAGUCCAUGUCAUGGAAAGGAGAGGGACAAGGCUGAGCCAUCUCUACCCAAAGUCACCCCUACCCCCCUCGCAAUGCUUCCUAAGUGAGGGAAGUGGGGAAAUAAACAAGGGGAAGAGUGCAGGGUCACCUUUCCUGAAGAUGAGCAGGUCCAGGGUAGAUGGGAUCAGCCCUGGGAUCACCUGCACACCCAGAUGCUCUGUACAAAACUGGACAACAUGGGACAGGGCAGCCCAGGCCCCACUCCCCUGGGGGAUGGAGAAGGGGAAUAGAGAAGAAGACAACCAUGAGCUCUCACAAACACCUGAGCACAGGCAAGGCCAUCACAUCCACAUCCAGCUCCAGCUGGACCCUCCUUGGGGUGCUCAGGGCAGCCCUGGCUUCUUCCUGCAGCCCCCUCAAAACACCUGAAAUGCUCCCAAAGGAGCGUGGAAAUACUCAGUGACUGAAAAAGCAGAUUGGAUAUUGCCAGGCUCCCUGGGAAUCCCCAAGCACCCCUCAGUACAGACCUACCCUGAGGCCUCUGCACCACACAAGAGUGGCUCCAAGGAUGCUCUCCCCCCUCAAAAUCCAACACAGAUGCAGGAUUUCUGACCCAAGGCCAUCACGUUAGCAGCU